CAUUUAGUCGAGAAUUUUUGAGCGAAGGAGAUGGCUAGCGGUCAAGUAAUACAAGUCCGCCUGAGACGUAAUGAUACAUCACAAGUUUGGGGAUUUAGAAUGAAAGGAGGAGCUGAGAAUGGGAUGCCUUUGUUCAUUGAACACGUUGCUCCUAACGGUAGAGGUGGUAAGGCUGGUUUAUCAGCUGGUGACGUGAUUCUUUCAAUUUGCAAUGUUCCGGCGCAACAUAUGACACAUAUGCAGGCCAAACAGGAGAUGCUUAGAGCCGGAAACGAAUUGGAUUUUGUCGUUGCCAAAGGUGCAAUGAGUCAAGCUGGAUCGGCUGCAGCCCAGGCGCAAGAACCUGAACAACGUGUGGAAAUUGUAGAAGAAUCUCAUAUUAAACUUGGAGGGCCGACUUUCAAAAAUAUUAAACCAAAAACCUAUCAAAUCUUGGAAGAAGAGAUGCAAUCUGGAAGAAUGGUGAGAAAAUCACCACCGGUCGAAGGACAAAGGCCUGCGUCGAUAUUUGAUAGGAAAAAGGAAGAAAGAUCCGACUAUCUUAAUGCUAAAGGAAAGUCUAUUCAAAGAGCUUUUGGUGAAAGGCAUUAGAAAAUAUCUCUUAAUAAUAUUUUAAAUAACUUCCUAAUUGUUUCUUUUUUUUCAAUUAUUCUAUAAAAAAGAGAGUGAAAUUUUAACCGGAAAUAGUAUGCUCAUAUAAUAGAUUUUGAUUUUGAAUAUUAAUAUUUGAAUGAAUAGUAAAAAAAAC